GCGCAUGUCCUCAGCGCUAUCGCCUAGAAACUGACCCAAACAAAACGUUCCUCUAUGCUACUUCGAAGUUAGAAGUGCUUGAAAAGCUUUUCAAGAAAAUUGCCCUACUAGGUGGAUAAAUCGUUGACGGUGAGCGUUUUGUUGAGGACAGAAAAUCAUGGCUGGAGACACACAAGAAGUUCCGAAGCUUGAACUGGAAUCAGUCAUCGGGUUUAAUGGACACGUGUUUUCUGGUCUGAGAGUGCAUCCAGACAAAGAACACCUCAUUUACCCCUUGGGAUGCACGGUCAUUCUGAAGAGUCUCAAACACAGCAAACAAGAGUUCCUGCAAGGACACACCAACAACGUGUCCUGUAUCACUGUGUCCAAAAGUGGUAAAUAUGUCGCCUCUGGACAGGUCACCUUCAUGGGCUUCAAGGCUGACAUCAUUAUCUGGGAUUACUCCAAGAGGGCGAUCUAUGCCAGAAUGCAGCUGCACAAAGCCAAAGUGGAGGACCUGGCCUUUUCCCCUAACGACAAGUACCUGGUGUCACUGGGUGGGCAGGAUGAUGGCAGUAUCGUGGUGUGGAACAUCGAGACGAAAGAGGCCAUCUGUGGGAGUCCGGCUUCGGCGCACAGCGCCGGUCACUGUCACACCAUAGAGUUCUCCAACCAGAGUGACGACAUCUUUGUGUCUGCUGGGAACGGGACACUCCGAGUUUGGGAGCUCGAUCUCCCCAACAGGAAGGUCCGCCCUACGGAAUGCCAGAUGGGACAGCUGAAGAGGAUAGUGAAAUGCAUCGAGAUCCCAGAAGAUGACAGUUUCUUCUACUGUGGCACCACCAGCGGAGAUGUGUUGAAAGUGAACCUGAAGACCAAGCUUCUCAACAGCUGUGGACCGACGAAACAGAAGUUCAGCAAGGGGGUGAACAGCCUGAAGGCGCUGAAGACGGGGGACGUGCUCGUGGGCUCGGGGGACGGCACCUUCUCCCUCUGCUCCGGGCCCAAUUUUAAGGCGGUCAAGAAGGUCCAGCUGGAGGGGGGCGUGACCUCCAUCGCUCUGCGCGGCGAGGGCCACCAGCUGUUCGUCGGAACGGAGGCCGCGCAGAUCUACCGCUUCGGCUACGCCGACUUCAGGGAGGAGCUCGUCGCCACCAGCCACGACAGCGCCGUCAACGACCUGGCCUUCCCUUUCGAGUGCUCCGAGCUCUUUGCCACCUGCUCCCUGGGUGGGAUCAGGGUGUGGCACGCCGAAACGUCCAAGGAGCUGCUGCGCAUCAAGGUGCCCAACAUGACGUGCAACGCCGUGGAGUUCAUGAGGGAUGGCAGGAGCAUCAUCAGCGCGUGGAAUGAUGGGAACAUCCGGGUGUUCACUCCGGAGAGCGGCAGGCUGAGCCUGAUCAUUCACAACGCCCACAGCAUGGGCGUCACCGCCAUCGCGGGCACCACGGACUGCGGCAGGAUCCUCAGCGGUGGAGGGGAGGGGCAGGUGAGGAUGUGGCAGAUCCAGCAGGGCACUCACAGACUCAUUGAGACCAUGAAGGAGCACAAGGCCACAGUCACCUGCAUCAAGGUCAAGAGCAACAACAAGGAGUGCGUCACGGCCAGCUCGGACGGAGCGUGCAUCAUCUGGGACCUGGUGCGUUUUGUGAGGAACCAAAUGGUCCUGGCCAACACUCUGUUCAAAAGCGUCUGCUACCACCCGGAGGAGUACCAGAUCAUCACCAGCGGCACCGACAGGAAGAUCGGGUAUUGGGAAGUGUAUGACGGAUCGCCUAUUAGAGAGCUGGAGGGAUCCCUCUCAGGGUCCAUCAACGGCAUGCACAUCUCACCAGACGGAAACCACUUUGUCACAGGUGGCGAUGAGAAGCUGGUGAAGGUGUGGGGGUACGCUGAGGGGGAGGUGACCCACGUUGGCGUCGGGCACAGCGGCAACAUCACCAGCGUGAGGAUCUGCCCCCACAGCAAGUGCAUCAUCAGCUCCAGCGCCGACGGGGCCAUCCUCCGGUGGAGAUACCCCCACCCCUCCUAAAAAAACACCCCCGGAGAGUUCGGCGGGCGCGUCCCGACAACCGUGGGGUUCCGCUAAAAACCAGCAGUCACAUGACCCCUUUCCCCAUACUGUGGGGUUCAGCUAAAAACCAGCAGUCACAUGACCCCUUUCCCCAUACUGUGGGGUUCAGCUAAAAACCAGCAGUCACAUGACCCCUUUCCCCAUACUGUGGGGUUCAGCUAUAAACCAGCAGUCACAUGACCCCUUUCCCCACGAACACACUCUUCUCCUCUCCUGCAGAUGCCGUUUUACCACAUCUUAACAUUCAACACUUUGAAGCAAAUUAAAUUUUCGUUCAUGAAUCACCAAAGCAAUAUAUUUAUUGAUGUGCAUGUUGAUUCUUUAAUUAAUUGUUUCCUGCUGUCUUUGGAUAAUAGUCUGAUCAUAAAGUGUGGUUCCGUUCUGUACUGUUUCUGCUCUGUACUUUUUAUCGUGCGACAUUCUGCAGUGCGCUUCAGAGUGCUGUAGCCAGAUGAAAACCUUCAAUACAUGAAAUAAUAACGAUUAGUUGUUGGCAGUAUUUCUCUGGAAGAGAACAGGUGGUCAUGGUUAUAUUUCUAUUCAGCUUCUAAUUCCACUUUACAUUAAUGGCAAUCAGGUUCUAUUCUAUCGCUUUUAUAAUUUGUUUAUUGGCUAGGAGGUGUGUUAGGGAAAAUGUGAAAAGAGCGCUAUGUUCCUUUAGCCGGCCCUGGUCAGCUAAUGAAUCAUUUGUGACUCUCGGGGGAACCGAUGGAGGGUUCGAGGAGCCCGGAGAGCUGAUUGCUGCAUCUCGCUUGUCUAAAUUCAGUUCCUGUUUCGGUGCCUCAGAAGUUAACUCAAGAAUUAAUUGCUGUUACCCACAAACUGUGCCCCGGUGCAGAACUGCAUCCAGUCAGCACAAUGCCCGGCUUACAAAAUAGAGCGUUUGAGUGUCCCCUUUCUCCUCUGAAUGCUGAGUAGCCUGGUCUUUAUCUGGUAGAGCUGAAUGUCUAAGUAUAGAAAACAGGAGCUUUGUUCCACACGGUAAUAUAUGUGGGUUUUUUUUUUUUUACCUGUGGUUUGGAUUAAGGAGACAUAGGCUUUAUCCAUGCAUCUUAUGUAAAGAUAAUUCAGAUUCACACAUUCAACUCCCACUGGAACGCUCAUUUACAUGUAUUAUCUUUCAUCUCUGCUCCACUUUUCCUUCUUUAAAAAAAUAAAAUAAAAUAAGCCUGUGACUCGUUGACAUCAGUCAA